AAAGGAGUCUUUCUCUGGAUGGAAACAGACUCCAGCAGCCGCUCACACUGAGAUCUUUGUCACAAACUGUCGGAUUUCCUGCAGAAAGAUGGAGACGCUGCUCGCUCUCUGCAUUGCUCUCACCUUCACCACCUCAGUGUCUUCCAAUACAACUCACGUUGCCAUGACAACCACCUCACCAUCGGUCAACAGCAGUCAGGAUGUUUCUACACAGCAUGUAUCCAUGACAACUGACCACACCGGAGCAGCCAUCAAGACAGGAACCAGUCCCAACAAUGGGAACACAACAACACAUGGAUCCACCAGUCUGCCCAGUGUCACCAUGACAACAGAAACCAGUAACCACACAACAGCGCCGCAGUCUGAUGUAACCACAGUAACCAGACACACUGUGAACUCCACCCGCAGAGAAACCAACUCCACCUCUGACCACACACCAACGCCGCCUGAACCCCACGUCAACACCACAGCUGGUCCCAACGUCACCCAGUCCAGUUCCAGUCCCACCAGUCCCACCAGUAACACCACAGCAGCAACACAUGGACCCCACAACACCACAGCUGGUCCCAACGUCACCCAGUCCAGUCCCAGUCCCACCAGUAACACCACAGCAGCAACACAUGGACCCCACAACACCACAGCUGGUCCCAACGUCACCCAGUCUAGUCCCAGUCCCACCAGUAACACCACAGCAGCAACACAUGGACCCCACAACACCACAGCUGGUCCCAACGUCACCCAGUCCAGUCCCAGUCCCACCAGUAACACCACAGCAGCAACACAUGGACCCCACAACACCACAGCUGGUCCCAACAUCACCCAGUCCAGUCCCAGUCCCACCAGUAACACCACAGCAGCAACACAUGGACCCCACAACACCACAGCUGGUCCCAACGUCACCCAGUCCAGUCCCAGUCCCACCAGUAACACCACAGCAACAACACACAACAAGACAAGAGCUCCCAAUGUUACCAUGACAACCACCUCUCCAAACAGUACUCAACACCACACUACAAGGAAUACCGUAACAAGUACGGCCAACAUCACACACGCUGCCUCAACCAGUUCCCCCGGCAACAACACCCACGUCCAUCCCACUGUGACGACAACCACUGGAACCAUGGCAACGAGGACUGGGAGUACCACAGGCAGCAGCUCACCUGUUUCUGUUUCCCCGAACAAACCAAUCACAUCCGGGAGUACGACACCACCUGCAGCCGGCGGCGGAGGUGGCGUACCUGGGUGGGGGAUAGCUCUGCUGGUUCUGGCAGCGCUGGUUCUGCUGCUGCUGAUUCUGCUGCUGGUAGCACUGCUUGUGUGGUGCUGCUGCUGUAGGGGGCGCUACAAGGGCUUCAGUCCCUACGACCAGCUGACCCACAGAGACGACAUCCCUCUGUACACCACCCACAGCCGCUUCGAAGGACCCAACGGGAGACCAUACGAUGAAUUGGAAAAGCCGACGAAGAACCGGACAGGGACGUACACGGUCAACCGAUAGUGACACUUCACGGCCCAUUAACUGGCAGAAAAAAGACCAGCAAUUAACAAAAUCGCAUUGACGAAAAUCUAUACAUAAAACUGUUUUUAAAAUUUAUAUGUUGUUUUGUUUUAACAUUCGACAUUGUUAGUGUUCAUCUAAUUAGCUUUUAUUUUUUGUCUCUAAAGCACUGUGCAGCUCCAUAUCUUAAAAUAAACAACAAAAUAAACAAAGAAAACUCUACAACCUAUACCACCCUUAUUUUUUACAUUAUAAUAUACUGCUGCUAUAUUUCAUACAUCUUAAAAACUUGAUAAAUUGCUUGAUUUACAACAAUCACUUUCAUUACUAUUGUAUUUUUCAAUAUUUUCACUUUUUAUUAGAUAUUCUUACUAAUAUCACUAUUACAUAUUUUCUGUAUAAGUAUUUUAGAAUAAUGCUGAUUGUUAAACAUCCUAAUUUAAUUGACUUGAUCUUCUGUUCGACAUAAAGACAGUGUUGUGAAUAUUAUCAUGACGUUCAUUAUUUGCUCAUGAUUAUUGCCACUGCUGUAACUGCUACUAAUAUUUAUAACAAUUUUUUUCAUCUAUUGGCUCUUUAUAUUUUGUACAUCUUAAAAACCUUUUUGAUAAAAUAAUCUUAUAUUUCUAUAUUAUUUCAUCAACAAUAUUAUUUUAUUUUUACUUUCUUUUAAAUUUUGAGAUAUUUCUGUCACUAUUACAGUUUUUGCUGUAUAUAUUUUAGCAUUCAAAUAAUUAUUAUUUGUUAUAUAUUUAAAUCUUUUUUAUAAUAACUGACUGUAUGUUUAUGUAACAGUUACUGUUUAUGAUUAUGUGUUUCUUUUAUUUUCAUUUUAAAGGUGAGAUCAUGACCACCACUAAUAUUAAAAAUAUUAGUGGUGGUCAUGAUCCCACUAUUAGUAAUAUUUUUUUCAUAUUUCCAUUUAUUGGCUCCAAUAAUUACAUUUUGUAUAUUUCAAAGUGUUUAAAACAAAAAAAUUCUAUAUUCAUCCUUAUAUUUCCACUAUUGUAUUUUUCUAUUGUAAUUUGAUGUGCUGUUAUUGUCCAGUUUUUCUAUUUAUAUAUUUUAGAAUUGGAAAAAUAAUAUCAACUGAACAUUAAAUUAAUUUUAAAGAACAUGUUAGAUAUUCAUAUGUAUGAUCUGCUACAGUACUAUAAUCAUUCCUGUGACCAUUAUAAUACUACUUUUUAUUAUUAUUUUAUAUUAUAUAUAAAUACUCUUAUAUUUUAUUUUAGAAUGAUAAUUCCACUAUGAAUGUUCACGCUGAGAGUUUCAUAUGAAACUCACUGCUGAUAAUUAAGUCUUAUAUUUUCUUUUUUAAGUAUUUUGAGAUUAUUGCCACUGAGUCAUUCAAUUCCAUUAAUUAAGCUUUUGGUUUUUGCUUGUACAUCUCAAAAACUGGUCUGAUAGAAUGUUUAAUAUGAUACUAUAAUCACUUUUAUUAUGUUACCAAUAUUAUUAUAUUAUAUUUUCUUUUGUGAAGUGUUUAAGCUGCCACUGGUGUUAAUAAUCAUAUUUCCAUUCACUGUCCUCAGUGUUCAGUUUGGCAGCAGCUUCACCCUCCCAGUUUGUUCUGUAUUGUGUUUGCAGCAGGACAUUUUCCAGAGGGAAAGUGGAUCUUCUUUGUCGCAGGUUUAAUUCCUCUUUUUCAACCAAAAUCCAGGCUUAAUUUUCCUUCAACAAAAGCGUUCAGUCACAAAGAGCUUCACACAGACAGAGAGGGAGGAGGAGGAGGAGGAGGUGUGGAGGGAGGUGGAGCAGCUGAGGAAUGUACGAGCUGUGUUUGAUAUGAGGGUGAUGGAGCUGAUAUGGACAUAAAGAAGUCUGGGCUGGGCUCUGCGGCGUGAGUCAGUCAACAUCAGACUGAUUAAUCACCAACAGAGAGAAAUGUUCAGCAAGACUCGAACUCUCUCAUCUCAAGUCUCAUUUUCAUUUCUGUGGGUUUGUUUGUUGAACUGUGUUUAACUAUUUUGAAUAAAUGUCACAAAAUAUUGA